AUGAAGAACGUGACUCCUCCGGCGGGGCCUCGUCCGCGCACAUCGCCAUGGUGGGCGAGGUACGUCUGGGCGGCCCUCCAGAUCCUGCUUCUUCUGGCCGGCGUCGCGUGGCUGUCAGUUAAUGUCGCCUUCCUGUCUGAGUACUACUUCAAGAGCUCAGAUUCCUCGUCAAUGCCUCUCAAAAGCCUCGGCGAUGCUGCCCGACGAACGGCGCAUGCCCCCGGAGAUGCGCAGGAAGGCGGAGCAUCUUUUGAAGAAGCCAGCGGGGCGCAGCACCAGGGUGACAUCCGCACGUCGGAGAUCCUCGAGGGAGCUGGCCCCGGCAGACUUCACGGAAGACUCGGAAGAAAACCGGACGGUCAACCGGGGUACACGCCCGGGCCCCCACCUCCUGCAGAUUUGAAUAUGCCUCGAGCACUCGCUCGAGGGGGAGGCUUUAACCUGUAUCUGUCGGACCACCUGGACCUGGACCGCGCCGCGCCUGACGCUCGCCACCCGUCGUGCCGGCUCCUGAGCUACGACCUGGCCACGCUGCCAAAGGCCUCAGUGAUCAUUGUGUUUUACAACGAACCGUUCUCCACUUUGAUGCGGUCAGUACAUAGCGUUUUGAAUGGCACCCCUCCGCAGCUGCUGGAGGAGCUGCUUCUCGUCGACGACGGCAGCACGUUGCCGUACAUCCGGGAAGACGGAAACCAGCAGCUGGUGGAGUACAUCGGGCUGCUGCCUGCGAAGGUGCGACUGAUCCGCAACGGCGUGCGCAAAGGGAUUGUCGGUGCGCGCAUGAAAGGGAUACGUGAGAGCCGCGCGCCUAUCUUUGUGAUCCUCGACAGCCACAUCGAAGUCAGUCCGCAGUGGCUCGAGCCGCUGCUGCUGCGGAUCCAAGAAGACAGGCGGCGCGUUGUGAUGCCCCAGAUCGACGGGAUCGACGCCGAAACCUUCAAUCACAUAGGGGGCGGUAUCGGCUGCAAACUCGGGUUUCUCUGGAAGAUGAUGGAGCACUCGUACGAGGGCCACCAGACUGCGCGCCUGCCUCCUGCGGAACGCUAUCCGUCUCCGACCGAGUUUCAGACCUCGCCGGCGAUGGCUGGAGGCCUGUUUGCCGCGAACAAAGACUUUUUCUUCGACGUUGGAGCCUACGACGAAGACUUCCAGUUCUGGGGAACAGAAAACUUGGAACUUAGUUUCAGACUCUGGCAGUGCGGCGGCGUCUUGGAGUGUGCGCCGUGCUCUCGCGUCUACCACAUCUUCCGAAAGGGCGGAUCAGGCUACAGCAGUCCAGGCGACUCCAUCGCUAUCAACAAGAUGCGGACGAUGAUGUGGAUGGACGAGUACGCCGAUCUGGCCUGGCGAGUUAUCGGGCAACCCAAAGUCAACUACAGACCUGAAAGCCUCGAAAAACGAAGAGAGUGGAGAAAACGGAAGGGGUGCAAAAGCUUCCGCUGGUUCAUGGAAAACGUGUUCCCUGAGGGAGAUGUCGUCACCCUCGACGACGUCCCGUACCUAGGUCCUUUGAGAAAUGCCAAGGUAGAAAUGUGCUUAGACAACAUGGGCUGGGCCUCUCCUGGACAUGCUGUUGGCCUUGGGCGUUGUCACGGCGGCGAAACUCAAACGUUUAUGUUCUUUAGGAAAGUCGGACACGUAAUGCCAGUGAACGAUGACGAGGCUUGCUUGCAGCCGUCAGGGAAACUGGACUGGUGCCGAGGAACGUCCCAAUUCUGGUGGGACUUCACAUCGAGCGGGCAGCUUAUGUUUCGUGAGACAAAGCAGUGCCUCUCAGCCUUUGGUAGACAGCUACGAAUGGUCGAUUGCGAUGACACGGAUGCUUACCAGAUCUGGUCGUGGAAGGCUUACAAGCCGCCCGACACAUUCACGUUCCCGCCUGUGAACAGAUCGAUCCGAAGCGUCUGA